UGGUUCUUUCGCCCGUAGUAAGCCUGCGCAAAGCCAAGUCCUGGUGGUCGUUGAGAAGGCCUUGGCUGUUUGAGGCCUUUGGCCCGGGUUUCUCCCCUGUCUCCUAAAGCCCUAAAGCCUUCACCAUGGACUUCCAGCAUAGACCCGGGGGUAAGACUGGCAGUGGAGGUGUUGCCUCCUCUUCUGAGAGCAACAGGGACCGGCGGGAGCGCCUGCGACAGCUAGCCUUAGAAACAAUCGACAUCAACAAGGACCCAUAUUUUAUGAAAAACCACCUGGGAUCUUAUGAAUGUAAGCUUUGCCUUACACUUCACAACAAUGAGGGGAGUUACCUCGCACAUACUCAGGGGAAGAAGCAUCAGACCAACUUGGCUCGGCGUGCGGCCAAAGAGGCCAAGGAAGCCCCUGCUCAGCCAGCACCAGAGAAGGUCAAGGUGGAGGUAAAGAAAUUUGUGAAGAUUGGCCGCCCCGGUUACAAAGUGACCAAACAGAGGGACACUGAGAUGGGCCAGCAGAGCCUCCUGUUCCAGAUCGAUUACCCUGAAAUUGCUGAGGGCAUCAUGCCCCGUCACCGCUUCAUGUCUGCCUAUGAGCAGAGGAUUGAGCCUCCAGACCGACGCUGGCAGUAUCUGUUGAUGGCCGCUGAGCCCUAUGAGACCAUCGCCUUCAAGGUGCCCAGCAGGGAGAUCGACAAGGCAGAAGGCAAGUUCUGGACCCACUGGAACAAGGAGACCAAGCAGUUUUUUCUCCAGUUCCACUUCAAGAUGGAGAAGCCUCCAGCACCACCCAGCCUUCCUGCAGGGCCCCCAGGUGUGAAGCGGCCCCCACCUCCGCUGAUGAAUGGCUUGCCCCCCCGGCCUCCACUACCAGAGGCUUUGCCUCCACCUCCACCAGGAGGCCUUCCUUUACCCCCUAUGCCCCCCACCGGGCCUGCACCCUCUGGACCCCCGGGACCUCCCCAGCUGCCUCCACCAGCUCCCGGGGUCCAUCCCCCAGCCCCAGUGGUCCAUGCUCCCACAUCUGGGGUCCACCCAGCUGCUCCUGGGGUCCAUCCACCUGCUCCCGGAGUCCACCCUUCAGCGCCUGGAGUCCACCCCGCAGCCUCAGUGGUCCACCCCCCCACAUCUGGGGUCCACCCCCCUGCUCCAGUGGUCCACCCACCAGCCCCUGGGGUCCACCCACCAGCCCCAGGAGUCCAUCCACCAGCCCCAGGGGUCCACGCUCCUCCAUCAGCUGGAGUUCACCCCCAGGCCCCUGGGGUGCAUCCUGCUCCUGCAGUUCACCCCCAGGCUCCUGGGGUGCACCCACAAGCCCCUGGGAUUCACCCACAGGCACCUGGAGUACACCCUCAACCUCCUGGGGUUCACCCUGCUGCUCCUGGAGUACACCCUCAGCCUCCUGGGGUUCACCCCUCAAAUCCUGGGGUGCACCCUCCAACUCCCAUGCCUCCCAUGAUGAGGCCUCCACUCCCCACCGAAGGCCCUGGGAACAUUCCCCCUCCUCCCCCAACCAACUGAAAAAUGCCCCACGUUGUGAGUCUGGUUUUGUUUUCCCUAUUUUCCCAUGGAGACACUGCAAGCUUUUGUAUUUUGUACUGUCGCUGGAGCCCAGUAAACAGCCUCCCCAUGUC